AUGACGACUCCCAUAGCCAAAUCUUUCUAUGAUCUCAGUGCCACUGAUCUCCAAGGGGAGAAAGUGGAUUUCAACCAUUUCAGGGGAAGAGUGGUUUUGAUAGAGAACGUGGCUUCUUUCUGAGCCACCACAGUGAGGGAUUACACCCAGAUGAAUCAGCUGCAGAGCAAAUACCCUCGGAGGCUGGUUGUCUUGGGUUUUCCUUGCAACCAGUUUGGUUACCAGGAGAACUGCACAAAUGAAGAGAUCCUCCAUAGCUUGAAAUAUGUGAGGCCCGGAUCUGGGUUUGAACCCAAUUUUACUCUUUGCCAGAAGUGUGAGGUGAAUGGCAACAACACCCACCCUGUCUUUGCCUACCUGAAGGAUAAACUCCCUUACCCAGAUGACGAUCCUUCCUGCUUCAUGUUGGAGCCAAAGUUCAUCCUGUGGAGCCCUGUGCAUCGCUACGACAUUUCCUGGAACUUUGAGAAGUUCCUGGUGGGACCUGAAGGAGAACCUUUCAAGCGCUACAGCUCCAAGUUCCUCACUAGCAGUAUUGAGCCUGAUAUGCAACGCCUCCUGAAGCUUGCCAAAUAA